AUGGACUGGUUUUCAUGGCUAUCAAAAACUCGCCUUGAACCUCCAUUUAUUCACGAAUAUGCCAUUGCUUUCUCCUACAAUCAGCUCCAACAAGAAGACAUCUCUUAUUUCAACCAUGAAUUUCUUCAAAGCAUGGGAAUCGCCAUAGCGAAACACAGGCUCGAGAUCCUCAAGCUCGCAAAAGGGUCAACCGGUUCGCACCCAAUGGCUAAACUCAUCAAAGCCAUCAAGAAAACCAAGACCAGCUUGGCUAGCUACGUUCGCACCUGGGUUGAUCGCCGCCGUGACUCGGCGGCUCUGGUCAUGGUGCAGAAACGAAGGAGUUACAGUUCGAGAUGGAAAGGUACCAUGUUGAAGAGGAAUAAUAGAUUGGUGACGUCAUCCACGGCGAAACACGGUGGUUCUGCUGCUACUCUUUUGCUCACUAAUGGCGGCCACCGGCGGCCGAUGGUGGGUAGAUCUGGUGGUGCUAAAGUGAACAGCUUUUCAAGUCCGUUGGUUUAUAAUCUUCAUCGAUACCAUGAUGAUGAUGAAGAUAAGGCAGACGACGGUGGUGACCAUCGAGAGAUUAAUUCGUUUAGUGAUGAUGACGGUGGUGGUAGCGACGGUGGCGGUGGUGGAUAUUGGUCUAGUACCGGCGGUGAAGAGAUCAAAUGGGACGCCAUGUUUCAGAACUUGAAGCCCACUUAGAUUUACAGUCAUCUUAUUUUUUUUUUGAAAUCGAUGAUCGAUCAAAAUUAGUCAUUUUUUAACUGACAUUUUUCAUUGGUUAUCCAUUAAGUCUUAUAUGAUAAAAGCAGUUGUUAUGAA